AUGGCCAGCAGCAGCGAAAAAUCCAGCAAUCUGCAGCAUCAUCUCGACCGCAUAACGACUGAGAAAAAGGAAUUGAGGGCUAAUCUUGCAGAACUGGUCGACUUCGUGGAGCACAAUUCUGCAAAUCUUACUGUCCUAAAUGACAAAGCAUGGCACAAAAUCUACGAGACCCUCUUCCAGGUCGUGGUGACGGAGAAGCACACUCUAUUGAACUCGAAAGCGACAGGGAGAACACAUCCUUCAAAGGGUAGACUGGAAAUCCUUUCCUCUGCCCUGCGUAGAAUUCUCAAAGCAGGACCACCGAAUCUGAAACCCAAAACGCUCAGCGCCGUAGUCGACCAUAUUACGCAGAUGCUACCGAGCACAGAUGGAAAAUAUUUUGAGCCUGUUCUUGGACCUUAUUUGAAGGCGAUGCACGUUGUUUUGGGCCACCAAGCUAACGUGGAGCGCAUGAAACGUCAAACAUGGCUUGAUGUGAUCGACUUCUGCGUUGAAGGGAUCAACGGCUUCGUCGAGGACAGCGAAAAAGAAACGAACAAAAUUCCUCGCAGCUCUUCGGGGACUGGGGGAAGAAGUAUACCUUCUCGAUCGCUGGUGAGAUCUACUUCUACCUCCAGCAAUGGGGCGAAUGAGAGUAACACCACUAGUCUUGCAAAGUUCCAUGCUGAAGAGUUGCUGGAGAUACUUCAUCUUCUGGUUACUCCCACUAGUGUAGGCAUUGCUGAAUGCUAUGAGACGGUCUCAAAAUGUGUCUUGAGCUUCUGGAACGCUCUGUGGCACCCGCAAGGUAGCCGAGUAGAGAAGAGCUUUGUUUCCAUAUUAUCCGCCCUUAACAGAGUAAUCACAUACACGAGAACGGACAAGAUAUCCUUCACCAUCACCCUCGCUCAAGAAGUAGUCCCUAUCAUUUCACAGUUUUGGCAAAGCAAAAGUGUCGCCAAGGAUGAAGGCUUGAAUGCAGUGAGAGACGAGAUGCUUCUCUUCCUGUUCGCUGUACAUCCUCACUUGGAAAAGUGCUUGAGCGAAGGAGAUCACGCAGUAAAGUUGCUAGAGGAUCUUUCAGACGUGUUGAAGGCAGACUACACUAAGCGAGCAGCGAAAGAUCAGUUACAAAUUGACGAUCUUGAAAUGGUAGAUUUCGGGUCAGACCCCCUCGUUUCGCCCUUCAGCUUGGCUCCAUUUGGCCUUAGGAGACACAAUAUCCGAGGAGAGCGAAAUUGGGCUCAUCUUCAUGUCAUUGGCAUACUCGAAGGCCUCAUUAGUAUCGGAAUGCAGCGGGAAUCUCUAUCAGACAAACCUGACGGUUCCCCCAACCACCCCAGCAAGCGCCAAAAGGUAACUCGGAGCUCGGACAGGAUCUUUGAUUCUUUGAAGCUCGAAGACGAGAAGUCCAGGGUUUCUGGUCUCCAGAUGCUACCAUUCAUAUUGAGCAAUCAGCAGCUGAAGGCUCCAGACUUAGAAGAACUACUUGAUCUCCUCGCGACUUUAGCCGCAGAUAAAAGGGGAGAUAUAGCCGUCUGGGUGCUGCUCACAAUUUCGAGCUGCACUUUCCAAAACUUGUCUACAACUGUGGAUUCAACACUGUGGUUGUCACUUUGGCGAAUUGGGACGAGAGCUUUAGUACUGUCCAAUACCUGCCGCGCAGCAGCUCUUCAAUUACACGCAAUUCUCGCCACACAGCUUUUGGUUUAUCGAGAUGUUAGUGAAGACGUAAGCGCCAUUGUCACGUCUGCAGAUGUCAACGGUCCAGUCAUUCUGUGCGAUUGUUCUAUAUUUCUCAUGGUACAUUUAUUACAGACUAGAAUCCGAGAAGUUCCAAGCGCCAGUUUAAGCACAUCUAAACACGCCGUUCGAUGGCUCUUUGCUAAGUGGGACCCUUCCGAUAAGUCAUUUGCAUCUCGUAGCGCCAUCCAUGUUCAUCCCUUUCAGAUUAUGGGAUUGUUCCGAACAAGUCUUGGCCUUGAACAGCUGCCACUUAAAUCGAACACGAUGCUGCCCCUGGGUCGUUUAGCCCAGGCUUGGCAAUAUCAAGUCGAUGUCGAGAACAUUGUGAGAUACAUGUUACUCCUUGAUGACCACCUAAUAUCUUCCACUACGAUUUGUAAAUCGUGUCCAAAGGUCACCGAACAUGGUAGGAUCGUUUAUUUCACGGAUACUAGUCAUUUUCUCACAACGCUAAAACUUAUUCUUGAACUAAUGUCAUCAAAAUCUAGCGAGCUACUCCAGAGUUGGCGGAGUUCCUCAGUAGAUGAUUCCUCUACAAUAUCCAUCGACACCUUUCGUAGUGCAGUCGACACGACAAUGACUAUGCUUCUAGCGAUGCCACACUUCUUCCGAUCAAAUCUGCAACAGGUACCAACUUUUGAGGCAUGUAUAAGAGACCUCUGCAAGGAACUUCUGGAUUUUCUCAAAAGCUCUGAUGCCCGGGAUUCCAUUGGGGCUCGGGCGCUCGCAGAAUCACUCGUCAUAUCUAUACAGCCAUAUUUGCCGCCAUGUGAUAUGCAUGAGUUUGUCAACCUCUCCAGAAAGAAUCCUCAUCUCCUGGAUUUCUUGAUCUCAGUCGCUGAUGCCGUGGGGAAACGUCAAUCGUUACAUACCAAUCCAUCCUUGAAUAUCGAAGAGGAUCCUAUGGAUGUUGACGAUGAUUUCAAGGAAUUCUCGCAGCACAGCCAUGGCAGACUGGACACCCAGACUUCAGCGAUACCUCGACAAUUGCUUGCUUUGGACGCUUCAUCUGCAUCAUUUGACUUUGUCGUUGCUUCUCGCUUAUUGUUAGUUGCGAAUAUGGAUUUAAAACAAACGGCAGUCACAUCCAUACCAAGAUCUUUUAUCGAGAAACUGUGUGCUAUGCAGGACGAAGAGCUUCUUCUCAACCACUAUUUCAUAAACGAACUCCUUCGAUCUGACAUGACCUUGGAAGCAGAGGACGCAACACUACUUUUCGAGCGUGUAUUAUUCCUUUUAAAAGCCCCAGACUUUGAUCUCUGCGAGGUCUCGUUGGUGUUAGCUCUCGAUUGCGCCAUUGGACUUGCGUCCCUCUGGCUCGCUGCUGAAGCGGAAAGCGAACUGGCGGAAUUUGCUAUGGAUUUCUACUACUGGUUGGCAGAGACAGCUCUCGAAAAUAUGAUACUCUCCCCUGAAUUGCAGAAACGUAGUGGGGAGUUAUUACUACUUCUCAUGAAAGAAUCACCCGAGUAUGGGACAAAUAUUCCAUUACAAUCGGCCCGGUCCCUGCUGUUUACUCUUCUCGAACGAAGUGAAUUGUGCGUAAAGUGGUAUAUCGCAGAUCACUUACCCGAGAUAUUUCAGCUCUUUCUGCUGGAAGAUCACGACGCCAUCUUCGUGGAUAUCCUAGAAGUCUUGCCGUCAGACUCUGAGUGGUUGGAAGGGAUGUGUUUUCGGGUCAUUGCUCUUUCAAAAUUAGCCUCGAAAUGGCCAACUCUACAGCGACGUUGCAUAUAUCACAUAUUUGAAGUCCCUGAGAAGGUUUCAGAGUCUUUGGGGCAUGCUGUCCAGUGCAUGUCCAAAGUAUCAUCUGCUCUGCAGCUCACCAAUUCUCGUGAGCUCUUCGCACUAUUUGCUCCGCAAAUUCUCUUUACAUGGCUGGCAGCAGACUCGGGUAUCAGUAAUCUUCCAUUCGAGAUAUUUGGCUUCGAAACACUUCGCGAUCUAAUCUCCAAACAUCAAGAUGAAGUAACUGGCAUAAUGAUGAUGCUUGGUCAGGAUGAUGAAAUCGAAGUGGUCAUUAGUCUACUUGGUGAAGAGGCAACGAAUCUCUUUGAAAGGUCUUUUACGAAAAUCAUAGCGUAUACCGUUGCUUAUGACCUCAGUGUACCCCCACCAUCAAGCUCCGAGAAAAGGUAUAUCACCGGCGAGUCCAGACUCAAAAAGCGUCUCGGUCCAGAAAGAUUUAUACAAUACCUAAAUAAUAACUUCGCGGACAUUGUUGCGCUUCUCUUCACAAUUAGCGAUCCUCAUGACAGUCUAGACAAGUAUCUACUCCAGAAAAGAAAUCUUCAACCGGCCGGUCACAUCAUGUCCAGGAUCAAGGCAUUGACUGAAAAUCGAGCCGUUUUACCUCCCCUUACCCAGCCAACAUUCAAAGCCAAGAAACUGAGUGCACAAUUAGAUCAUUUGUGUACCAAGACACAGUUUGAGAGCUCUGAUAUUUACACCCCAGCUCUUGUUGUGUUUAUUGCUAGAAAGGUCUCUAACACUAUUCAUCCAGCCUUGGGAUCGCUGCAUGCCUGUGCUGUUCUUCGAAAAAUCAGAACUCUCAUAUGUUUCGCAGGCAAAUCUGUAACGACGGGAUAUCCUCUAGAAAUGUUACUACAGAUACUACAACCAUAUAUUAAAGAUACUCAGUGCGCCAAUGACGCUAUUGGGAUUAUGCAAUAUCUUCUCGAAACCGGAAUUGAGCAUAUAAGUCGGGUACCUAACUUUGUUGCAGGAAUCUCGCUAUCCGUAUUUGGGUCGUUGAAAGAGAUAGCUAAAGCCGACCGAGCAAGUAGUACGCAAGAAAGCCAACACAAGAGCACCAUCUCUAGAAUAACUACAUUCCAUAAGUGGUUUGGGUCAUAUCUAAGAAAACAAUAUAUGGACAUGUUACCAAAGAGCCGAUCAUCCUCCAGCCUUCAGCGCUUGUUUGAAUCUGCAUGCACUAUCGAUUGGGUAGGUAACGCAGACUUGCGAACUUCGGAGAGUGACCUAUUGUUGCGUCUCCUGCAAGACGAACACAAGUCACCAAAACUUUUGGAUGGACCGUCAAGAGAAAUUGCUCUCCAGAUGCUAUGCCACGACUUCCAGGCCCCUGAUUCAUUCCGGACGGACGUCUUAGGAGACGACGAGGCUUCCGUCGCCAAUGCUGUCGCUGUCUGGAAGUCAUGUCGUGGUGGCAUUUCCAACAAAAAGUACCUUUCGUGGGCUUCUCGUGUGCUUGGUCGCGCUUUUGCUGCUUCUGGUGUCAUCGAGCAAGAUCUCUUGCGCGAAUCAUCCCUCUCUCAAAUGAAAUCACUCACGCCGAAGCCUUCUAUCAAUGGAUCUCAGGCUGGCAUCGUAGAUCUCCUCCAAGAGCUUACACUUGGCCGUAAUAAAGACAAUAUUGGUCUUGCUGAAAUUGCGCUACGUUUAGCGCUAUCCAAAUCUGACGAUACAGUUGUGCAGACGUUUCGAGAUUGUAUCAACCCUGGUCUCUACGAUGCCUCUAUCUGGGCACCUUUUACUGUUCCGCCUUCCGAUGUAUGGGACGAUGAUGAUCUUCUUCGUAUCUUUGACGGCUGUUAUGAUGAACGUGGUAUACAACAUGAAAAUUGGGUGCGCAAUCUCACUGUCAAUCUCGCUCGGUCCGUGUCCAAUGAUGACCUACUUCAUGCGGUAGUGCCGGUGCUCGGAAAUGUUGGGGGAUUUGCUGAGAAGGCUUUUCCGUUCAUCAUCCAUUUAGUGUUGUCAACACAGCUACAGGAUCAGCAAAGUAUGAAAAAAAAGUUGUCUGCGUCUUUCAAUACGUGGUUUGACAGGAGCGAGACCAUCGACAAAAACAAUCUGAAAGUGUUGAUAAAUGCUCUCUUAUAUCUACGAACUCAACCACCGAAAGACGACCGUCCUUCUGGAAACCGACUACAGUGGCUAACUAUAGAUUACAUGAAGGCUGCGACUGCAGCGACACACUGUGGAAUGCACAAGACAGCUCUUUUAUUCAUCGAGGAACACUAUUCAACACCACUCAAAUCAUCUCGCCGCUCCUCUUUCAAGGAUGUACUUGAGCAACACGAGAUGCCUGUGGACAUAUUGCUUGACGUGUUCCAAAGUAUAGAAGAUCCUGAUAUGUAUUAUGGAGUUCAGCAAACAUCAAAUCUAAGCACAAUAUUGGCGCGAUUUGAAUAUGAAAAGGAUGGUCCAAAGAGUCUUGCGUUUCGCGGUGCUCAAUUUGACAGCCACAUCAGAAGAGGGGACAAGGAGGCGGACAAGGAUGCACAGUCGCUAGUCAAGGCACUGGAUGUUCUCAGUCUCAGCGGUCUUUCGCAUUCGCUAUUGCAAGCUCAGCAAUCGGUCGACAUGAGUGCUAGUUCGAUAGAGUCGAUGUAUCAAACGGCCCGUAAGCUAGAGCAAUGGGACAUUCCUGUGCCUGAUGUUUCCAGCAAUAAUUCAAUUGCUGUAUACAAGGCUUUUCAGGCGAUCAACAUAGCUGAUGAUCAUGCAAGCAUCAGGGAUGCGCUGGAUGACAGUUUCAACUUUACAAUGAACGCUCUUGUAAGCAAGGACUUGGGAGUUAGUGACCUACACAGCUCUUUACAAACUUUGGCAGCCCUAGUCGAAAUGGAUGAGAUUUUCUCGACAAGAGGGUCGGAACAAAUAGAAGAAAUGCUAGCAAGAUUUGAGGCUCGGUCAAACUGGAUGAAGACUGGCAGCUUUGACGAUGUCAGUCAAAUAUUGUCGUGCCGAGGAACUGCGUUGAGCACUCUAAGUCAGCGGCCACGCCUACAAUCUCUUAUGAACGUUGCGCCCGUGGAUACAAGGCUUGUGGAAGUCAGAGCCUCUCUUCUUGCAUCCACUCUUAACAGAGCACAUAAUGCACUCCAAGAAUCUCUUUCCCUUGCAACGUCGAUGAUGGAUCUCAUUGGCCCUUGUCGUGAGCUGUCUCUUAACCUUGAUGCAGCUGUUCAUAUAGAAGCGGCCAACGCUCUUUGGGAUCAAGGUGAAACAACCUCCUCGAUCGGUAUACUACAAGGCCUUGAUAACACGGCGUUGCUCAAGAAGCAAGCGGUUCCAGUCAGCCGUGCUGACCUUCUUUCGAAGACAGGCUAUCAGGUAUCGGUUGCCAGGUUGGAAAAAGCGGACAAAAUUAUUGACAGGUAUUUGCGACCAGCUUUAAAAGAGCUUAGGGGUAGAAUCGAAGGGAGUGAUGCAAGCCAUGUCUUUCAUCAAUUUGCUGUAUUUUGCGAUCAACAGCUUGAGGAUCCUGACAGUCUUGAAGAUCUUGAACGUCUCCAAAAACUAAGUAAUGGUAAAAGAGACGAAGUUAUUCAGUGGGAAAAGCUGUUGAAAGCUGCCACGUCAAAUAGUGAUCGCAGCAGAUAUAAGAGCCACCUUGGAAAGGCUAAAAUCUGGUACAAGCUGGACGAAGAAGAACUUCAACGUCAUAUGUCAAAUCGACAAGAUUUCCUGCGAAGCAGUUUGGAAAAUUAUUUGCUAGCUUUGGCUGCGUCAGACGACCACGACAAGGUAGCGCUGCGAUUCACAGCUCUUUGGUUGGAGCAUGCAGAUGAAGAUCUGGCAAACGCAUCUGUUUCGCAGCAUCUAUCCAAGGUUCCAAGCAGAAAAUUUGCGCCGCUCAUGAAUCAACUCACGUCUCGUUUACAAGACUCCCCAGCGCAAUUUCACAGACAAUUGUUUUCGCUGGUUCUUCGCAUCUGUGUCGAUCACCCAUAUCACGGCAUGUACCAGAUUUAUUCUGGCACUAGUACGAAGCCCGAUUCCAAAGACGAAGCCGCUGUGUCGAGAAGAGAUGCUGCUAGAAAGGUUGCCGCGCGGUUGAGUGCUCAUGACAAAGUUGGCCAAAUAUGGGGUAAUCUCAGUGCAAUCAAUAAACUUUAUGGAAUGUUGGCUGGGGAGAAAGAUGAUUCUAAAUAUCGAUCGGGCAAGAAGAUCAACAUCAAGGACACGCAAGCCGGAUUGAGACUCAACGGCCAUCUAAACAAGUAUCGUAUUCCUUCCCCAACCCUCCACCUGCCUCUUGCUGCCGAUCUUGACUAUUCGAAAAUUCCCGUCAUGGUCAAACUCGAACCACAAAUGACCAUUGCAUCGGGUGUCAGUGCACCUAAAAUCAUCACUGCUAUUGCUGAUACCGGACAAACGUUCAAACAACUUGUAAAAGGAGGAAACGACGAUUUACGUCAAGACGCCAUUAUGGAACAAGUUUUUGAACAAGUGAGCGAACUGCUCAAAUCCAAUCGAUCAACUCGUCAGCGAGAUCUCAAAAUCCGUACCUACCGAGUGCUACCUCUAACGUCCAUCGCCGGUGUUAUUGAAUUCGUUCCAAACACUAUCCCAUUACACGAGUAUCUUAUGCCAGCUCACGAGCGAUACAACCCAAAAGACCUAAAAGGCGCCCAAUGCCGUAAAGAGAUCGGUGAAGUCCAACAACAAUCCAUCGACGUCCGCGUUAAGAAAUACCGCUCCGUAACUGAACGCUUCCAUCCCGUCAUGCGUUACUUCUUCAUGGAAAAGUUUACAGAUCCAGACGAAUGGUUCGUAAAACGCAACGCCUACACUCGUAGCACAGCCGCCAUCUCCAUCCUCGGCCAUGUCCUCGGACUCGGUGACAGACACGGGCACAACAUCCUCCUCGACUCAGAAAGUGGUGAGGUUGUCCACAUCGAUCUAGGCGUCGCUUUCGAAAUGGGCCGUGUCCUACCCGUUCCCGAACUCGUCCCCUUCCGCCUCACACGCGACAUAGUCGACGGCAUGGGCAUAACCAAAACCGAAGGCAUCUUCCGUCGCUGCUGCGAAUUUACCCUCGAAGCUCUCCGCAAAGAAGCCUACUCCAUCAUGACGAUCCUCGACGUCCUCCGCUACGAUCCGCUGUACAAUUGGUCCAUCUCGCCGGUGCGUCUCGCGCGGCUACAAGAGGGCCAGAGCGCGCUGGCGAAUGCGGAUGGUGAGAGGGCUAAGGAGGCGGUCAAUGAACCUGGAGAGGCGGAUCGCGCGUUGACGGUUGUCAAUAAGAAGUUGAGUAAGACGUUGAGUGUGCAGGCCACUGUUAGUGAUCUCAUUAAUCAGGCGAGCGAUGAGAAGAAUCUGGCGGUUUUGUAUUCGGGAUGGGCUGCUUAUGCUUGA